GGUUUUGUUCCUUCAAGCUUGCCUGUUGCAGCAUCAGACGCCAAGUAAAGAGGAUCACACGGAGGCACGAGGCGCUUUUUUAAACAUCCCUUCUCUGUUUUUCUACCGCGGAGCCCCCUCUGUUCCUGCUCCCACCGCGUCCAUCCAAGUCGGACCGGGCGAGAGAGCGACCGAGCGACGGACAGAGAGAGUAGCCAACCGCGGGAGUUACACUGAACCCCCACCCCCCACCCCUUUCUCUUUUUUACUAUCUACGAAUCUACUGGCUCUUCAUCCUCUGAUUUUUUUUUUGUGUGUGUUCGAAAACUGCACACCCUCCCCUCCACACACACACCCACCCCGAUCUAUGUGGGUGCCCUGAGAGCGCACCCAGGGGGGGGAAACUGUGUAUCAAAGCUCCGCGGAUCCCCCAGGCAGCCUCGGAUCACCGGGGCCAGAGAAGAACUCCCUGCCGGGCCCCCGAAGCUGACAUGCCGCGGAGGAAGCAGCAAGCGCCUCGGCGCGCCGCAGCAUACGUCCCUGAAGAUGAGAAGGAAGCAGCACUGUUGGAUGAAGACCUGGAUGGAGACGACUCAGCUCAGGAAGGCGAGGAGCCUGUCGCCAAGUUCCUAUUACAGGACAAGGACUUCCUUCUCAAGGACAGGCCAGGAUCCACUGGCUUCCAUGACUCCCCAAAUGCUGCUGACUUUUCUGGUCAGGAGCUGGACAGUGAGUCUCACCUGAGUGAAUCCAGUGACAGGAUGUCUGAUUUUGAGAGCUCCUCACUUAAAAAUGAGGAUGAUGUCCUCCUCUCUAAAGACCCCUCAAAUGCCCUGUCCCUGUCUUCCUCUUCUGCCAUGAUGGCCGCUGCCAAUGCUGCUGCUCCAGUAAGUGCAGAUGAGGCCAUUUUAGCCACAACAGGGUCUGUGGCUGACAGCCUGGAGAAGAUGAAGGCCAUUUACACAUCUUUCCUGACCAACUCCUAUUGGUCCACGCUAAAUCUGAACUUGAGCCAGCCCCCUGCAGAAAAACCCCCUCGCAGCCACAGCAGCAGUAGUAGUAGCAGCAGUAGCAGUAGCUGUGGAAGUGGAGGCUAUGACUGGCACCAGACAGCUAUGGCUAAAACCCUCCAACAGGCUUCACAGAAUCACCAACACAGACUUGGCCUGGUUCAAAACCCCACAGUGGCUGUAUCCACUGCAUCUACAGAACCCAACCUCUUUAGUACAGUCCAGCUGUACCGGCAAAGCUCCAAGUUAUAUGGCUCCAUAUUCACUGGUGCCAGCAAGUUCCGCUGUAAGGACUGCAGUGCAGCCUAUGACACACUAGUGGAGCUCACGGUGCACAUGAACGAGACAGGCCACUACCGCGAUGAUAACCAUGAGACAGAUAGUGAGGGUGCUAAACGGUGGUCAAAACCCCGAAAGCGUUCCUUGCUAGAGAUGGAAGGGAAAGAGGAUGCACAGAAAGUUCUGAAGUGCAUGUACUGUGGGCACUCCUUUGAAUCCCUUCAGGAUUUAAGUGUCCAUAUGAUCAAGACAAAACACUACCAGAAAGUGCCUCUGAAGGAGCCUGUUACACCAGUGGCAGCUAAGAUUAUCUCUUCGGCUCGAAAGAGAGCCCCUAUAGACCUAGAGAUCCCUAGCUCACCUGACUCUAAUGGAGGAACCACACCUAAGCCCAUCUCCCUCAAUGACUCAAAUGACAUUCUCCAGAAGGUCACCAACCCUUACAUCACACCUAACAACCGCUAUGGACACCAGAAUGGUGCAAGCUAUGCCUGGCAGUUUGAAUCCAGGAAGUCACAGAUCCUCAAAUGCAUGGAAUGUGGCAGCUCUCAUGACACAUUGCAAGAGCUAACUGCUCACAUGAUGGUGACAGGACACUUUAUUAAAGUCACCAACUCUGCUAUUAAGAAAGGCAAACCCAUUAUAGAGCCACCCACCCCAGUCCCCACAUCCAAUUCUACAGCUGAAGAAAAGGUCCAGUCCGUUCCCUUGGCUGCCACAACCUUCUCCCCUCCACCUGCUCCAGUACCUCCUCCAACCAGCAUCUCCCCCAUUGCCAUGGCUGUGGAUAUUAAAAAGGAGGAGAAGGAGGAGGAAUGCACUAAAGAGUUCAUCAUCAGCAAUGGUAACAAUCUCAACAAGGAGAAGAAGGCAGGAGGUGAGGAGGAUGCAGAAGAGAAGUUUGAUAUCUCUUCAAAAUACACUUAUCUGACUGAGGAGGAUCUGGAUGAAAGUCCAAAGGGGGGUCUUGACAUCCUCAAGUCGUUGGAGAACACAGUGACCUCUGCCAUCAACAAAGCCCAGAAUGGAGCUCCAAGCUGGGGUGGAUAUCCUAGUAUCCAUGCUGCCUACCAGCUCCCAAACAUAAUGAAACUCUCUCUAGGCAACUCUGGGAAGAACUCUCCCCUUAAAUACAUGUUCUCUGGAGGAGAGAUUCUCUCCCCCACUGGUAAGAGCCAGCCUCUGAUCUCCCCUUCCAGUCGCCAGACCUCCCCACUGCCCAAAAACAACUUCCAUGCGAUGGAGGAACUUGUCAAGAAGGUGACAGAGAAAGUGGCCAAGGUAGAAGAGAAAAUGAGAGAUCCCAGUGGUGUUGUUAGGGGAUCUCCUCUAAGACGUACAACUCCCUCACCCUGCAACAGUGAGACAGGGGACUCAGCCCAAGGAGAGUCCCCCAAAGAAAAUAGAGCAGGAGGCUGCAAAUCUCCCGAGAAUACAAGUGGAGUGGAAAAAGUAGUAGUUGAUGGAAGUGGAUCCAAUCACAGAGAUUCAAAUGGUGAUAUUUCCUUAAACGAGUCUGUGGAGAAUGGAGCGGAGUCAACUGCUGUGACAUCCCCCCUGCCUGCCUCCCUGUGUGGCAGUACAGCUAUUAUCACAGACCAUCCACCUCCAGAACAGCCAUUCGUCAACCCUCUCAGUGCACUGCAGUCAGUAAUGAACGUCCACCUGGGCAAGGCCGCUAAGCCGGCCCUGCCCUCUCUUGACCCAAUGAGCAUGCUGUUCAAGAUGAGCAACAGCCUGGCAGAGAAAGCAGCGGUGGCUGCUUCCACCCCACCAGCACAGUCCAAAAAGCCCAGUAAUGACCACUUAGACCGUUACUUUUACCAGCAACAUCUAAACAACGACCAACCAAUGGAUCUCACCAAAGGCAAAAAUGCUGACAAAAACAGCAGUGGUGGUUCUCUGGGUUCAACUGCUCUCUCUUCUACCACCUCCACUCCGUCCUCAAUUUCCCCCUCCUCUACUGUCACUAUGACCAAAGCCUCAGCUGCGGUAGCUUCCUUUAUGUCCACUUCCCCUUUGAGAGAAAAUGCACUGUCAGACAUCUCUGACAUGUUGAGGAAUCUGACAGAGAGUCAGGCUCUCUCUAAGUCCUCCACACCUACCAGCCUGUCCGAGCGCUCUGACAUCGAAGGUGUCACACAAGAGGAGACAGAAGAUGUUUCACCAGCCCAGAAACGUAAAGGCCGCCAGUCCAACUGGAACCCUCAACACCUCCUCAUCCUACAAGCCCAGUUUGCUUCCAGUCUGAGACAAACAAGUGAUGGCAAGUACAUGAUGUCAGACUUGAGCCCGCAGGAGAGAAUGCAUGUCUCCCGUUUCACUGGCCUCUCAAUGACUACAAUAUCCCACUGGUUGGCUAAUGUCAAGUACCAGCUGAGGAGAACCGGUGGCACCAAGUUCUUGAAAAACUUGGAUUCAGGUCACCCAGUGUUCUUCUGUAGUGACUGCGCCUCUCAGAUACGUUCACCAUCCACCUACGUCAGCCAUCUGGAAUCCCAUUUGGGCUUCCGUCUGCGAGAUCUGGCUAAGCUUUCUGGGGAGCAGCUGCUCAGCCAGAUUUCACAGCAACAUCAUCAACAACGCCACACCAAAGGACUAUCUGAAAAACUGCUCUCUAAUCUUCACCCAUCCAGCCACCCUCUACCCUCCUCCCUUCCCACAUCCCUAACCUCUUCCUUACCCAUCUCCCUGCCCUCAUCCUUAACCACCUCUCUGCCCUCAACUGAAUCCCCGUCACCCUCCCCUGACAAUGACGAUGACAAUGGGGUCAUGUACAAGUGCAAGCUCUGCAACCGGACUUUUGCGAGCAAACAUGCGGUCAAGCUUCACCUGAGCAAGACUCAUGGGAAGUCCCCUGAGGACCAUCUCCUGUAUGUGUGUGAGCUGGAGAAACAGUAGCACUGGCUGGGGACAAUGCUGCAUUCUUUUGUAAUAGCUCACUCUUUCUUGUUCUGUCUCUCUUAAGCAUUUCACAGACAUUUCUUUCAAAGAAAAGAAAGGAUUAUUAAUGUGACCGAACUGCACAAAGAUGCCAUACAACUACUGCUUUGAGUUUUGGCACAUGAUUUUAUAUUUUGUGUUGUAGCAGUUGUUUCUUUAAAAUUUUGUUUCUGUGUGAGGUAAACUCACUCCAGCCCAAGACACUCGAUUUUAGCGAUCUCCCUUGACAGGAAAAGAGUGACUUUUUUCAAAAUGUGCAGAUGGGAGCUGUUGUCAUUGAGAAAAUACAGUAUGAAGGUUUAAAAAAGAGAUUCUAAAAUGAAGUGGUGUGUAUUUUGAAAUUUGUGUAAAUGGAAUUAAGGUCCGUUAUAUUUUGGCAUCACUGGGGUGUGAUAAGCUGCAUGCAUAAAUGAAACAGUUUAGUUAAUCAUUUUAUAACUAAAUCUGGUGCACUUUCUGUGAUUUUUUUUUCUUCUUUUUUUCAAUCUCCUGAUCUCUUUUGUGCUGGAGUCAGCAUUUACAAUUUAACCCUCUGAGUACGCCGAAGCACUUCUACACCUAAGAUCUAAACGUCAUUGAUUUGAGAAUUGCUGAAGCUAUUGUGAGAAUUAGAUGGACAAUGUAUGCAUUGUGUCUCCAAGACAUACAGUAUGUUGAGUCUAAUCCUUGACAUGAAAACAUUUUCUCAGUUCACUGCAAGGUUUCAUCUCGGGCUUAAUAUUUGUCGGAGAGAUGCUUGCAGGACUUGACACAAGCACUGUAGCUAUGUGGUAAAAAAUAAAAAAAUAAAUCUGAAGUCUUUUACUUUCAUCGAUCAGGGACCUAUAUUAAUUCAGGUCUGUGUAAAAUAUGUAUAUAAAAACGUAUGAACUAAUUUCUGUCUAAAUUAUGCAUCAUUUCUAUAUUUUUAAUUUAAAAGGAUUAUGACUAUCUGCUGGUGCACAGUAUAUGAAGACAUAAAUAAAAUUGUUUUGCACAAUAGUUUUAUAAAUGUGUUAUUUAAUCAAAGGAUAUGAAAAAAGACAGGUUGCAAAAGGAUGACAACAGGUGAAUCUUUUUAUUCCCAACUCGUGCUCAAAGGGUUAAAGAGUCUUUUUACCAGACACUACUCUACAUGUGCCGCUGUAUGAACACUAAAAAGAUAUUAAAGGUUGUACAAAAAAGAUGUUACUUUAUGAAGAUAUUUCACAUGUAAACUGUUAUUUAUAAGCACUCUUGGUUGUUUCAUAUUGUUGAAUGCCUUUUCAAUUGGUCCUAUUUUUUUUGUUCUGUCUAAUUACUCUGCCAUGAUUCCAGACUGCAGCUUUAUCUUUUUGGGAUAUGAAAGGUAACCAUGGUUACACUAACCUCUUGAGUGACAAGUUCUGCUACAUUUUUGGCAGUUAAUUUGCUGAAGUAACUGACAGCUGCCAGUGUAGAGAUAUAAAAAAAAUCCUUAUGUGUAAAAUAUCGGCAUGUAAACAGCACAGAUACUGUAAUGCAUUCUGUGCCGUUAGUCUUUUUGAUUUCGUUCUUUCGUUUUCUGUUGUUGUUGUUCUUGACAAUGAACCCCCAUUAUAUGACUUCAUAUAACCUUGUUUUCUACUGCAGCAUUAAAAAAAAGAAACUGUUUUUUGCAAUAA